AUGAAACGAUCCGUUCUUCUCUCAAUUCACGGCAAGAAGAAUCUUCAGAGCCGAGCAUUGAAAUUCAAUCAUAAUAUUACAACAUCUCGUAAAUAUACCAUCUUUCCGUGUUGGAAGAAUCAUACUAUCAUGAAUCGUCAUGAUCAUGAAUCAUUCACCUUACGAUCAUUUUCAUCCGCAGCAAAUACUGUGGCAACCAUUCCUGAAGCAGAAAAAGGCUCUUCAUCCGAUCAACCACAAAAGACCAACAACAACAACAACACUACCACGCGUAUGGAUCAAAAAGAUCAUCUACAACCUUCCAAAAUGAACCAAACCAUUUCCUAUCCAAUUCCAUCUCGUAGUAUUCUUUCAAAGGAUCCUCAUCCAUCCUGUUCUCAACAACAUGUUCAUUGUGUUUUUGAAAAAUCAUUUCCUAUCACUUCUAAUAUUCCUCUCACUUUAGAAAUUAAUACUCGGAAUUUAAACGUUGAAUUUUGUGAGGGUGAACAAGAUUCCGAAUUACGGAUUGAAAUGUAUGCUCAUAAUUGUAAUGAAUAUUCAUGGUAUGAUCUCAACAAUACUCCACAAGGAUUCUUUUCUGAUUAUAAAUUUGAAUACUUGUACAGAGAGUUAACAAAUACAUUAAGAUUUAAUGUUCAUCAAGCUCCUCUUCCACCUCUAUAUAUUCGAUACAAAUUAUAUACCUAUUACGCUCCAGGAUUUUUUAUGCCAAGUUUUGUUGCAAAAUAUUUGGAUGAGAAAUUAAUCAAAUAUGGAACGAUGAAAGUCUAUUUACCAAAACAUAACAAAAAUUCGGUUCGAGUUGAAACAGAUAUUGGAAAUAUAAUUUUUAGAGGAAUUCGUAACAUUUCAAAUGAAGUUUCUGUGAAAUCUACGUUUGGUACUCUCCUUGUCAGUGAUGAUGGUAUUUCAAACGUCAAUCAUUUUCAUGUUAAUAUUCAAUACGGUGCAUGUUAUAUCAAUCAUGUGAACAAUGUGAAUGAUCUUAGUAUUCAUCAUCGAUGGUCAACAGAGGAAGAUAAAGGUACUAGUCAACAUAUUGCAUCAUCCACUGGAAUUACUAUUGACAAUAUUGAAUCAAACACUAAUGUGAAGAUUCAAACUUUAACUUCCAUCGAUAUUGAAUUGAACCAAUUGAAUUUGGCUGGUAAUUGUCAGGUUGAUAUUUCAUGUCUCAUGAAAGGAGAAGAAUGGGAAUUUACAAAAAAGGGAAUUCAAGUAUUUGUUUCCAAUGAUACAAAAACUACAUCAACAAAUCACAAACUUCCUUCAUCAUUGACUCAUUCUAACAACACAAACAAAUUGAAAAUCUAUUCAGAUGCUAAUCCUAUUUUUAUUUAUUUUGAUAAAAAUUCACCAAAUAAUUACAAUGUAUUGGCAUCUACACGAUGGAGCGACGUAUCCUUUGAUUCGCAACACAUUCUCUAUGACGGAUUUUUAGAUGUGAAUCAAUUUGGAGGAAUUAUUGUAUCUAGAAAUGACUUGAAAAGAUUACGAGAAUUAUCAAGCUCAGAAUCAACAACCAACAAUAAUCAAAUCAAUGAAUCAACGUCAGAUUCGUUCUCUAAGACUUCUACCACUGCUUUUAGUGAAGACUCUAUUCAUCCAAUUUCUGGACACAUUACUCUCUUUACAAAGCAAGGCCCUAUUUUUAUGAAACAAUAUGUCAAUGAUGAUGAUGAAGAGUCCUCAGUGAAUUCCAAUACUACUGAUUUGAUUGACAAGAGAAUAAUCAUUCAAAAACAACAAGUAGAAAAAUAUUUUGUAAAUCUCUUUGGAGUGGAGAUUGCAAAGAAGGAUUUAUUUCUUUAUAGUGCAUUUCCAAUCGCUAUCGUCAUUCUAUUUGCUGUGACUGCCUAUCAUUUGAUAACUUUGGAAAAACAAUCUCAGUUGAAAGAAUCAGGUACUCUAGUUUCAAUGGGAAAUACUGGAACGAUUCGUGCUGUUCAACAACGAGAGGACAUGAAGGGGAAAUAG